AUGCGGAAUGAUAAGUACAAGGUAAAAUUAUUGUUGAAUGACUGUUGUAUUGUUGACGCUGAGUGUACAUGUCCUCGUGGAAAAGUAGUUUGCCACCAUAUAGCUGCGUUAGCACUAUACACGCACUAUAAUCUUAGUUCCACAGAUCAAAGUUGUUCUUGGAAUGUUAGGAAAAAUAUACCAUGUAAUGAAGUAAAAACUAUUGAUGAAAUGUAUGGUCGUUUUGAAAGUCCUGCUACUAAUGUCGCAGAUGAAGAUUUUGCUAAUUUUAAAAAAACUUUAGAUAAUUUAACUGUGCCUGUAGGUUUUUCGUGGUUGUUAAGGCCUGAACCAGAACUAGAACUAAACAAAUGUCAAGCUAUUAAAUUGAAUUCUAUUGAGAGUACAAUAAAUACUGAUGUUUGUAAACAGUUUGUAAAAUCUAAGCAAUUUGAUGCAGUUAGAACUUAUAUAUUUGACAAAUGUUUUAUAACUGAUGACAUUAUUUUGAAAAUUGCUGAAGAAUCUAUAAUUCAGAGCAAAAGUGAAAUGUGGCAUUACCACCGAAAGAACAGAUUAACCGCUAGUCAUUUUGGUCACAUCUUCUUGCAAAAAACAAAAAUUUUCAAAAUCUUUCUUCAAGUCACUACAAAAUGA